GUUCAGAGUGAAUCGGAUCUACUUUUUACAGCGCACUGAGUUUGCGCAGAAGUCAGAAGAAUAAGAACACUCAGCCAGGAAAUCGCUGAUAGAAAAACGAAACAAAACAAAACAACUAAUUUAACGGUAUUAACAAUUCCGAGUGGGUAUAUAUUUUUUAGCCUCUGUAUUAUUGAGACAAAGUUAACUUGGAUCAAUGUGAUUGAGUUUAAAAUAAAUACAAAAAUGGAGUUCGUACAACUUUCGUCUUCAGUUGUCUUACUCCUCGCCUGCAUCUGCUGCGUUCCUGUCUCAUGCGGAGAGAGUUCAACUAGUACACCUCCACCACAUCAGGCGUGCUCUUCCAUCACUGGGUCUUGUGAAGAGUGCCUGAAGAAUGUUUCAUGUCUAUGGUGUUACACCACCAAUGCUUGUCUGGAUUAUCCAGUCAGAAAUAUACUUCCACCAUCCAAACUCUGCCGUCUGUCUGAUGCACGAUGGGGAGUGUGUUGGGUAAACUUUGAGGCCCUGAUCAUUGCCAUGGCCGUGGUGGGUGGUAUCCUCUUGAUAAGUAUCACGAUCUGCUGCUGCUGCUGCUGUUGCAGGAAGCGCUCUUCAGGCCCUGAUAGAGAUGAAGAAAGAAUGGCCAGGAGACGCGAGGAAAGAAUGCAACGCUCAGAUGAGCGGAAGUCGGAAAGAAAGACAAAACAUGAUGAAAUCCGUAAGAAGUAUGGUCUUUUGUCAAAAUCAGACCAUCCCUACAGCAGAUUUGAGAAUGAUUAAAAGUGUAAUCAAGAUGUGCUGGUUUUAAGGAUGGUGAAAGGGGCAGAUGGGUCUGCAAGGUGUACACAGUUUCUUUGUUCUAAUUUGACAAACUACUCAUUUUUUCUUGUGGAACAUGCAGUCACUGAUAUUGGUUGUACUGUAAUUCACUCUCUGGGCUGUACAUUUAAUAAGGAUGGAAAUCUUUAUGCUGCAUCAAAGGGUUGGCUGAUUUUGUUAAUAUUUUCUACUUCCAAGUAAAAAGUAUUUUUCAUAGAUUCCUGUGACAUUUGUCACGUGUUACAGUUGUACUUUUUACACUAACUAUAUAGAUAUUGUUUUGAAUUUUUCAGCUUUGUGGUCACUUCAGCAUUUUGAGUGACUGCUUCUUUCAUUUAAUUAAAUGAUCUUUAGAUGGUUUGCAUUGAUGAUUGUUACUGGUUUCAUUGCUGUACUUAUUAAAAUAAGAUACCUGUAAGCUGUUUAGAAUGUUUUUAUUUGUUUUAAUCUUUAUAAUAAAUUGUGACUGUUCA